AUGGACAACCACACAUACAACUACCCGUCCGACUGCACCCCUCUCACCAGCUGCAAGUCGGCCCGCAAGCCGGCGGGCUCCACUGUGGUGAAUAUGGGCACGGCAGGCAAGAAGCCACCCAGUGACUACCUAGUCUGGUCCCUGUGCAACACCCUAUAUGUCAACUUCUGCUGUCUGGGAUUCAUGGCUCUUAUCUACUCAAUUAAGGCCAGGGACCAGAAGACCCAGGGGAACUUGCAGCUGGCCCAGGAGUGCUCGGACAAGGCCAAGUGGUACAACAUCCUGGCGGCAGGCUGGAACCUGCUGGUGCCCCUGUUGGUGGUGGUGCUGCUGGUGCUGUUGCUGGUUCACCUGGGCACCUCACAGGGCUCCUUCGACUUCUUUGGAGAGGACGGCUUCCAGAGCUUCAUGAAACUCUUCAGCAGGUAGAGAGAGACAGAUGUAGAGAAACAUACGUAGAGGGUUAUAUACUCUGCCUGUUAAACCGUGUUGAAAUACACACAGAAAGGCUGUAUUGCUCAUAGAACUUGGAGCAGGGUUUAUCUGAAAACGUGAGGGUUAUUUAUGCGGAUUUAAACAACGCACUUUUAAAAUGUGUUGCAUGACAGUCAAUCGUGAGCUGUAGUAGGCUAUUGUAAACUUUUUUGGGGUACGGGGAUUAUGUGCCACCUGUCAAUUAAAUAUUUAAUGUUUUUGGGGCGAUUUAGCGUACAUUGAAGGCUGGUUAGUGGACAGAAGAUAUCGAAGAACAGAAUGAUAGAUGUAGAGAAUUAAAGGAGAAGAUGGUGGAUGGAGACUGGUGGAUGCUUCCCUAAAAGCCACCCAACAACCACCUGACAACGGACUAAUGACCUCUUUACAUCAUGGGUCACUUUUUUUCCUUUAUAAAUAUUAUCAAGACAUUAACUAAUUGUUGUUCUAAUGUACUAUUAUAUUA